CACAAACUUACCCCACUCUCCCCUCGUCUCCCUCUCUCUCUCUCUGCAUCUUCUCUCCAAGGAAACUCUUGUUUUCAUAUACCUUUUCUAGUUUCAAAACUCAUUCAAUAGUUCAAAAUCGAAGCUUUUCACCACUUUCUCUCAAUAAAGUUAUCGUUUUUAUUCGAAACCAUCUCAUAGAACCAGCUGGAGAGGUUUUGGGUUUACAUGGUUUCAAGCAUCAUUGAGUUCUGUAGAACAAAGGUUUGGUUUUUAUCGGUGUAGAGUAUUCAAAGUUUCAGACUUUUUGAGAUUUGGUGAAGUUUUGUGUAAUAGAGGAAGAUGAAUACGAGUGAUGUAGGAUGGGAAGAGGAAGAUAGAUCCAUGGUUAGUGCCGUUUUAGGGAACUUAGCUUCUGAUUUUCUUACAGCAAACUCAACUUCGAAUCAGAACCUGUUUCUUGUUAUGGGAACUGACGAUACUCUCAACGAGAAGCUCUCACGUCUCGUGGACUGUCCAAACUCGGAGAGUUUCAGCUGGAACUACGCCAUUUUCUGGCAACAGACCAUGUCUAGAUCCGGACAACAAGUCCUAGGUUGGGGAGAUGGGUGUUGUCGUGAGCCUAACCAUUCAGAGGAAUCUAGCGUUUAUAACUGCAACAGCUUAGAGGAAGAGAUGAGAUGGCAAUACAUGAGGAAGAGAGUGUUGCAGAAGCUUCACAGGUUGUUUGGUGGAUCUGAUGAAGACAACUAUGCUCUGAGCUUAGAGAACGUAACAGCUACUGAGAUGUUCUUCUUGGCUUCGAUGUAUUUCUUUUUUGAUCAUGGAGAAGGAGGUCCUGGGAGGUGUUGUGCUUCAGGGAGACAUGUGUGGUUAUCAGAUGCGGUUGGUUCUGAUUAUUGUUUCAGGUCUUUUAUGGCGAAAUCUGCUGGGAUCAGAACGGUUGUUAUGGUUCCUACUGAUGCUGGUGUUCUUGAGCUUGGUUCUGUUUGGUCUUUGCCUGAGAAUUUAGAGUUGGUUAGGUCUGUUCAAGCUUUGUUCAUGAGGAGAGUUGAGCCGUCUUUGGUGAUGAGUGGAGGAGGGGUUCACAAGCUUUUCGGACAGGAACUGAAUAGUUCGGACCAGGGAGCUCAUCAGAACAAUUACACUUCUCAGGGGAUAGAUGUGAAAGUGCAAGAGAAUGUGAGUGUGGUUGUUGUAGAAGAUAACAAUCACAAGAUGAAGACUGAGUUUGCUGGAUUGAAUCCAUGUACAAACACUCAACUAAAGAAGUUAGAUUCUUGUAAAGAGAAAAGACCAGCGAGUUUAUUAGCAGGAGGAGGAGGAGGAACAGUGUCUAUUGUAGAGGAGAAGAGACCGAAAAAGCGAGGGAGAAAGCCUGCAAACGGAAGAGAAGAGGCAAUGAACCAUGUGGAAGCUGAGAGGCAGAGACGAGAGAAGCUUAACCAGAGAUUCUAUGCAUUACGCUCAGUAGUUCCAAACAUAUCUAAAAUGGACAAAGCUUCUCUACUCGGAGACGCGAUCUCUUACAUCAAAGAGCUUCAAGAGAAAGUAAAGAUGAUAGAAUCUGAAGGAGUAAUGACCAGUAGGACAGAAGAGAGUCAAGAAGUUGUUGACAUUCAAGCUAGGGAAGAAGAGGUUGUUGUGAGAGUAAUCUCACCGUUGGAGUCACAUCCAGCUUCAAGAAUCAUACAAGCAAUGAGAAACUCAGAGGAUAUAAGUGUAAUGGAGUCUAAGCUUUCAUUAGCUGAAGACACACUGUUUCACACUUUUGUAAUAAAGUCUAAUAACGGAUCAGACCCAUUGACGAAAGAGAAGCUAAUAGCAGCAGCGGCAUACCCGCAAACCAGCUUGACGCAGCAGCUAUUACCAUCUUCUAGCUCACAGGUCUCUGGUGAUAUCUAGCUUUCAAGCUUGUUUCAGUAUAGGAAGACUUGAGGUUCAAGUAGACAUAGAUAGAUAAAUCCUUUUUGUUUGUUUGUUCUCUUUCUUAGAGUGAAAGGAAUCCAGUUUUCGUAUAGUGUUAUGAUUAAUAAGUUAAAAUCAUUAACUUGCAUAUUUGUAUUUUGAGAAAUUAUUUCUCCAUAGAAAAUCAAAAGAUAUUUUGACUUUUUUCUUUCUUUGAAAUGUAUGAGUGAAUAAUAUCUGUAAUGUUUUGCCUAUCUAAUGUCAUAUAUGUUUAUCCAA